UGUUUGUUGGUUUUAAAUGUGCAUAUUUUUCUUUGGGGAAUUUAAUUUGUAAUAAUCAUAUGCGUUGCUGUUGUAUCCUUUCUCAAGUAGGCUAAGAAAUUGGAAUUAAAUCUAAAGUAAAUAGUACUCCGUAUAAAUAUUUUGAUUGUAGGCCUACCUACAAUUUGUUAACUUAUAAUGACUUCAUUACACGGAGGAUGGCUCUUUUGAAUUCAGUUCAUGCGGGACUAAACCUGCGGGAGAAACAAGGAACCUGUUCCUCCAACUCGCUGCUGGCCGCACUGUUUAGUGUCAAGAAACUCCUAUUGAGCUAAAAUUAUAAGAAUGGAAAUCAAAUAGAUAUGUAUCGUGUCAUGUCCCCACUCACAAGUGUCCAUGAUACUAUUUUCGACCAGGAACGUCUACUAAUGAGACGGUUGCGUUUGCUGUGGUGGUGUGUUUCUAUGGUUUACCACCCAAGUGGAUUAGGAGCAGUAGCUGAAAAACACUCCAUUCGUGUGAACUUAUGAAUGCGUCGAACUGUGAGGGGUGCCUGGCCAAUGUGUCGUGUUUGUGGUGUCUCACAUCUGAAAAGUGUAUAACUUACCCUGUGAGUACCAUCCUCCCUCCGCAUGCAGUUUGCCCAUUGAACGAUGCUCGCUGGGGUCUCUGUUGGAUGAACUUCCAGAUAUUAAUUAUCACUUUGUCAGUGGUGGGUGCAGUCAUUAUCCUUGCUUUCAUCGUUUGUCUGCUCUGCUGUUGCAAGUGCCAAAACUGUGGAUCCAAAAGCUUUGACGCAAAGAUGGACAGAAAAGCCGACAAGACAAAGACCAAACAAAAUCAAAGGAGAUCAGAGAUGAAGGAGAGACAUGAGGAAAUAAGAAAUAAAUACGGCCUGAAGGGAGCCAACCCAUACUCAAGAUUUGCUUGAGAUGCUGAACUUUGACUUCAUCCUCUGAGAGAUUGGACCCUCUGCUCUAAAUGUGUAGCAAUAAACUGUAGAGAAAAUAAAUGUCUUAACUAUUUUAUAUUACUUUACGAGAAGUUGAACUACUGUUGUACACUCACGAGAUUGGACUGCCUGGCCGAGCCAAAGGUUUUUAAUGUAAUGUAUAUAUUUUAUUUUGGUCACUGCAACCCAGGUUCCACUUAGUUGGUUCAAAGUUGAACAUAACUUGUGAAGAAUGCGGCUGACCUAAUUCCAGCCUUAUCAUCAAUGAAACGACAACCACAAGCAAGAUAUGUCAUUGGUUCAGCGAUUGGCCAACAGUCUCUUGUGUUCUGCAUAGUCUUUUCUCAUUUUUCUCGGAAGACAUUGAUACGAGUCACCGAACCAUCCUCUUGGUGUGUUCUGUGGAUUCAAUCAUAGAGCAAAUUCUUUAAACUUGUUGUCUGCCUCACGACCACUAAACACAGUAUGUAAGUGUUUGAUAGUAAAGUUGUUCAUAAGGAUGGAUUUGCCUCCUUAUGGUUUUAAGAUAUGUAUAAUUGCACUCAGAAUGUAAAAUGUUUAUUAAUAGUGAAUGUCCAGAUGGUGUAAUUGAAGUUUGAUGUAAGUAAAGAUCUGUUUAUAGGAGGCCUUUUGCAUAGGCUUGAGACAAUUUAUCCACCAAUCAAACGUCAUAAACAGACAUUUUAAUUCAUAUUUUAGCAUCCAAUUUGAGCAAAAUAUUAGUUUUUAUUGGUUGUUAUCUGUAUCGCCUUCACUCGUCUGGUAACCGCAAAUAAAGUUUAAUUGAGGAUUGUUCGCUGCAAUGUCUUUAUUUCUAUUU